AUGUCGUCACUCACUGCGUCAUCAUCCCAAAGCUCCAACAGAAUUGCAUUAGCACCAAUUAGAGACUCACGUCUAAACAUCAAUUCUCCAUUGAGCCUGAAGAACAAGCGGUCGUACACUUCUUCAUUAGUUGACGCUGUGGGACCUUCGACUCCUUCUGACUCGGUAAAGAGACAGAAGUUGAUGUCAGCACAGUCACAAACAUUACGUGCUACCAAAAGUGUCAGUUUCUCUGACUUCAGAUUUGGAUCAACACCACCAAAGUCUACCGGUUUAUCAUGCAAGCCUUUAGUUACUAACAGCACAAAUGCCACUGCCGGUCUUGCUGCCACCAAGUUGAAACUCAAACUACAAUUAGCAUUUUAUAAACUCCAACAUAAAAAAAACAGCAUUAAUAACAAUAAUAAAUCUAGUAACGAAUACAUAGAUGCUACCAAAAGUCACACUCAAACUAAUACGUCGUUCGACUCUUCCGAUUUAUUUAUCAAAUCCACUAUUUCUCCUGUUGAUAGAACUUCACAUUUGCCUACUCCACCUAAGCUGGUGGGAUAUUCUUCUUCAGCAAACAUGAACUUGCAAACCAAAACAAAAAUUACUCAGAAUCCUUCUAAUCAUGCAAAGAGAUCCUCUUAUAAAUAUCUGACAAAAAAGCCUUCUCUUUCGGCAAUUGCAUACGACAAGAAUGUUAGCAACUUCAAAAACACUCAGAACUUGCGGUUGUUUUCUGUCAAAAGGGGUUCCCAGUAUUACCACGAGGUAUCAAAAGUACCUUUGGUUCCAAAAGAUGUUACCAAAUCAAACAAAACAGAAGCGGUUAGAGCUAAUUCAGAAAUCAUACCACGUACUGCGGUCGCUUCCGAUGGUUCGAUGAUCAGAUUGCCAAAACCUCUUAUGUGCAAGGUUGACAUGGAGAGCUCUAACUUGAGAUCCCUGUCUAACCCUGUGACUUUAAAAUCAAUGUCGUUGCCUCCAAUUAAUAAAAUAUUGAAAACUCCGAUGAAAAAUACUUCAUCAACUAGAAAUUUAGUCAAUAACUACUUACAAAGCCAGAACCACCAGUCCCGCGCACUGACCCAUUCUAAACAAGAAGAUGUUAACCAAACUAUCCUCAACACCGAUGAAACUAUCGACGAAGAUGAUGAUGGGCCAUUGAGAGAGUCUACAUGUAAUUCGAUCAAAGUGUCCAAAAAAGAUAAUAAUAAUAUCUUGAGCUCUUCUCCUAUUAGAAAUUCCCAAAAUACGUUUGGAACCCCAAAUUCGUUCAGUGUUGCGAAAUCCUUAUUACAAUUAGGUUCUGGUUUCUACAAUUAA